AUGAGGAAAGCCGACGCCGCCGACGCCGCGCUCUUCCUCGUGGCCGCGCUGCUGCUGGCGUUGUGGGCCGCCGCGGCUGGCGAAAUCGGCGGAGGUAGCGGCAGGCAAAGCCGGUUCCUCCCGGAGAAUGGCGGGAGGAGGUGCACCAUCAACCGCGGGAUCUGCCAGAGGCAGAGGAUGCGUUGCUGCGGCGACGAGUGCGUCGACACCAGCAGCGACGAGUUCAACUGCGGCCGGUGCGGGCACGAGUGCGACUACGCCUACCGCUGCUGCGGCGGAAAGUGCGUGGCGCUCCAGUUCGACACGAAAAACUGCGGGAUCUGCUUCAGGCGCUGCCAUAAUUGCACGUAUGGGUUUUGUAACUACGCAUCGUAG